AAAAAUAGAGAUCUAGAUUCUAGACCUAGACAAGAUUUAUUAUUCUAGACUUUAAAGAUUAUCUUUGGAUCUAGACUAGAUCUAGACUCUAAAUUAGGUAUAACUCUAGAUCUAGAAUUUAAGUAGAGAAUGCCUACACUUGAUCCAGAAGAACUUGAAAAUUCUGUGCGUAUUAAAGUUGGAUUUGAUGGAAACAUACUUGUGACUAACAUAAAAAAUGACAUGAGGUACAGAGAAUUUUGUGCAGAGAUCAGAGAUAUUUGUAAGUUUAAUGAUGAGCAGCCUUUCACUGUCAAGUGGCUAGAUGAAGAAGGUGAUCCAUGCACUAUAUCAUCCCAAAUAGAACUAAAUGAAGCCAUACGGCUUUACGAAGUAAAUAAGGACUCUGAGCUCAACAUUCAUGUGUUUCCCAAUGUACCAGCAAGACCUGGUCUGCCUUGCGCUGGAGAAGACAGAAACAUGUAUCGUAGAGGAGCCAGGAGAUGGAGGAAGCUAUAUAAAGUGAAUGGUCAUUUUUAUCAAGCAAAGAGAUUUUCAAGAAAAGCUGCUUGUGCAUUCUGUUCUGAUAGGAUUUGGGGUUUAGGUCGCCAGGGAUUCAAGUGUAUAAACUGUCGAGUGACUGUUCAUAAAAGAUGUCACAAGCUGUACAAAAAGCUGUGUGGGACCAUUGAGGAACCUUCAGAUCAACAACCCUUGGCACAGAAUGGGGAGAAAGGAGCUUCUGGACUUAGCAAGACAUCUUCCAAUGGGGACUCUAAAAAUCUACGAGUUCAGAAAACUCUACCUGUUGAGUAUGGACAAGAGGAGUCAAAAGUGGAAGCAAUGGAAGAGGUUGUUGAAGAUGGUGAUGAGGAAGAGGAGGAUCAUUUUCAUGACGCUGAAUCCAACUGGUCGGCCAAAGUGGAGCCAUCACCUGGAGGAUCAGACUCUGGUCAGCUGACCUUGGACCACUUUCAACUCCUGAGGGUGAUUGGCAGGGGCAGCUAUGCUAAAGUUCUACAGGUGGAGCAUAAAAAGACCAAGAGAAUAUAUGCCAUGAAAGUUAUCAAGAAAGAGCUGGUGAAUGAUGACGAGGACAUUGAUUGGGUCCAGACAGAAAAACAUGUAUUUGAGGCUGCAACUAAUUACCCUUUUCUGGUGGGGCUACACUCUUGCUUCCAGACUGCUUCCAGACUUUUUUUUGUGAUUGAGUUUGUCAAUGGAGGUGACCUGAUGUUCCACAUGCAAAGACAAAGGAGGUUACCUGAAGAGCAUGCCAGAUUUUAUGCUGCAGAAAUUUGUUUGGCUCUUAAUUUUCUUCAUGAAAGAGGGAUUGUGUAUAGAGAUCUGAAACUGGAUAAUGUCCUACUGGAUAGUGAAGGGCACAUUAAACUCACAGACUAUGGCAUGUGCAAAGAGAAUUUAAAGCCAGGAGACAGGACAAAUACAUUCUGUGGGACACCAAACUAUAUCGCGCCAGAAGUGUUGCGAGGCGAAGACUAUGAUUUCAGUGUCGAUUGGUGGGCGCUUGGUGUAUUGAUGUAUGAAAUGUUGGCAGGAAGAUCACCAUUUGAUGCUGUUGGUAAUGCAGACAACCCGGACCAGAACACAGAGGACUACUUGUUUCAAAUCAUCCUGGAGAAACCAAUCAGGAUACCAAGGUCUCUGUCAGUGAAAGCUGCAUCCCUGCUGAAAGGUUUCCUGAACAAGGCCCCAGCUGAGCGUCUUGGUUGCCAUCCACAAACUGGAUUCUCAGACAUUCAGUCACAUCCAUUUUUCCGUGCGAUAGACUGGGAACUAUUGGAACAGAAGCAAAUUAUUCCCCCUUAUAAGCCCCACAUCAAACAUGAACGAGAUCUGGAACAUUUUGACCCAGCUUUCACCAAUGAGCCAGUUCGUUUAACUCCUGAUGACCCAAGAUCUAUCAGUGAAAUCGACCAAUCAGAGUUUGAUGGCUUUGAAUAUGUGAACCCGCUGUUGAUGUCAAUGGAAGAUUGUGUUUAAAGGAUUGUCUCCAUCUAGAGUUGUUUUUUUUUCCUUUUCAAAGCCAGUUGAAACAAAUGAAAUUAUCUUCAAGAAAAUAACUAAUCCUCAGACCAGUUUGAAACAUAAUUGAUGAAUGUCUUGACAAAACAAAGGAAUGAACAAUGAUGGUAACAGUACAUUGUUAAUAUGUUUACCCCAAAAUGUAGACAAAAUGAAAAGUGUAAAUACAUUUGUAGAUAAAAAAAAAAGUAAAUCUUGUAUUUGAACUAGAUAGAGCAAUAAGGCCACACUUUGUACAAUAAAUGUUGUACUUGAAGAUGACACACAUUUUACUUACAAUGUAAACUUGAUGCUACUAUAAUAUGUAGAUUCAUAUUUAUCUGACUGGUCAGAUUAUAGUUUGUGCAAAUUGAAGAUAUAUCUCUUCUUCUAUGUGAUGUGUCUACCUCUAAGGUACUAUCUUAAGCUUUAGUUUGCUCAUGAUUUAAUUAGAUGAUUGCAUUGAAAUAUCAAAUGUUUGACACACGUGGUCAAUUUAUUUGGAGUUAAAGAAAAAAUUUUG